AUGGCUACCGGUGAAGUCAGCAGUGAAACGGUUAAAAAAGAAAGUGUCGUUAUAGAACCGACGAUCGUUGCGAAGAUAAACUUCCCUGAUUUCGAUCCAGACGAUAUCGAAACAUGGUUCAUCUGCCUUGAAGCGGCAUUCAAUGUCAACGGGAUCAAAAAUGAUAAGUUCAAGUUUAACGCAGUGAUCGUCGCCCUCGGUUCACGUGCCAAAUUCGUGCAUACAGUGAUAUCAAAGUGCAAUGAAGCGAAUACAAAUGAUAAAUAUGAUACCCUCAAAAACGUCUUAAUUGCUCACUUACGACCGUCGGAAACUCAACGACUAACCAGCUUACUUUCUGGGCUGUCUUUAGGAGAUCAAAAACCAAGUGUCCUUUUGUCAGAGAUGCGCCGCUUGGGUGGCGCAGGCUGCACAGACAACGUGCUCUCCAACCUUUGGUUACGUGCCCUUCCUGAUACCACUCGUUCUAUCAUUGCCGCUAUGCCCACUGCUAGCUUGGAUGAACAAGCAAACGUAGCAGACAAAAUUUUGGAAGCUCCCCGCGAACAGAUCUCUACUCUACAGUGCAACGAAACGUUUUCCAUUUCAUCUCUCGAGCAACGCAUUGAAGCUCUAUCACGCCGUCUGGAUGAAGCUCUAUCUGGAAGCUUCCAUGGACGAGACCGACACCAUAGCCGUCCUCGUACUCGCUCAUUAAGUCGCCGAGAUGGAACUCCAGCACGCAGCAAGACACCCGUCGCUGGAUCUGUUGGUUCCACUAUCGCUACGGUGCACAAGCACAAAAGUGUGAGAAAGUAA